AUGGAAGGAGGAGCUGAAGAAAAGUACUUUUGGACAAUUCAAAGCAAUGAUCGUCCAGGCAUGAUCUCUAGUGAUCAAUUUUGCGGUCCAACAAGCUGUAAUUACAACAAUAAUAACAUGUCGAGCAGCACAGAAAGGGCAGAUGAAAGGAAGCAGAGGCGGAUGAUAUCGAACCGAGAAUCGGCUCGAAGGUCCCGAAUGAGGAAGCAAAAGCAUGUGAAGGAGCUUUGUUCUCAGCUACUUAGGUUGUGCACCCAGAAGCAUGAGCUUGAGGAGAAAUUGAGGGUUUUGAUGGAGUCUCAACAGCGCCUUCUCCAAGAAAAUGCCAACCUUAAGCAACAAGCUUCAGCUUUUCGCCAGAUCCUUAGAGAUAUGGAACUUGAACAACAACUUAUUACCCAAUUUUGA